UCGGCGCGGGCGGGGGCUCAGCGGCCGUGCGCACGCAGCCUGGGCCCGGCCGCGAGCAACAGUCUGCUCGCGUGAGCCGCGGCUCGCGACUCGCCAGACCACGCCGCGAUAUCAUGCCCCAUGGCGUGGAGAGGCGCUGGGUAGCGUCGGGCGCGAGGCGAUGAUCGGCCGCACGGCUCGGCCGCGCGCUCACCAUGCGACAGCCGUCGACCGAUACGGUCGACAAAGCAGUAUGGACGGAGGAGAGUGGCGCGGCGCGGCUGGAGGCCGUGCUGGUUGCGCUGGUGGAGCGCAAGGCGCGCGCGCUGCACGCCGAGCAGUCCCGGCGGCGCGCGCGCACACACCCGCUGCUGCUGUUACUACGAGACCCCGUGCCAGACGAGGAGGCGUCGAUGAUCGGCAGUCCUGGUGAAGAACUGCCAUCACACUGGUGUGAACAUGAGAUCGCGAGGCACAAACGUAAAAAACUAAAACUUCAAACUAGACACAGAGAAAUGCAAAUACCGGAGCAGUUGGAGCUGGAGCGACGUCGCCGGCGACGGAGGCGCAGUCCGCACGACCACAACCAGAAACCCAAGAAACAUCGCACCUUACUCGUGUCCGCUAUAGACGAGCAGGCUAAAGUCAUACAUGUGCUGGACCCAGAUGAGCUGCCUCGCCGUGCUCGCUACACCAUCAUGGUGACAGCCUGCUUGCUGCUCUUCCUCUGUCUGUUAUUGGUCGGCGUCACACUGCGAAUGGCCCCACUCAUCGACGAUAUGGGUGAGUACUAUUAAAAUAAGUUUUGGAAAGCUUUUGCACAAACUUUUUGGUCCUGCCGAGGUUGUGGAAUCAAGACGCUGCACUACUACAUGUGGUACGCUAUCCUUCUUUCACAAGCUGAAUAUAAUUAUUCAAGGACUUGACGGUAUGCGCCAGCUGGUAUCUUAGCCUGCACGCAGGCUUUUACUCCUUCAACGCACUUGAACUAAUUGCAGUACAGUAAAAAAAAAAUUGUGGUUCCUUGAUGCUUUUGGAGUAAAGAUAGAUAUUUUUUUAUAAAAAUGCUUUAGAAAAAACGUUUAUGUAACAAUUGCUAUGGGGUUGAUGGUACCAUAAGGUAAAUAAUUUCAAACUUAAUUAUGUCUUUGAAAAGACACAACUUUGAUUUGAAAAACAAGAUACCUCCACAGUCGUAAAUA